AUGUCAUUUGAACAAGCACAAGCGUUAGAUAAUGAAUAUCCAGUUCUUUCAUCUGAUUUCAAUAUUCCAACAUUCAAAUCUGUUGGAUUAAAACCUACCAAAACAGCCAACGAAGAUGAUCAAGUUACAUAUCUUUGUGGUAAUAGUUUAGGAUUGAUGCCUAAAUCCACCAAGGAUGCUAUAUUGAACGAAUUAGAUGCCUGGUCUGCUCGUGGUGUUGAAUCUCAUUUCAAUCAUCCUACAUCAACAUGUUGGAUGGAUAUUGAUUUACCAGUGGUUCCGAAAUUAGCACCAAUUGUUGGAGCAUUAGAAGAGGAAAUCGCUAUAAUGGGAUCGUUAACAAGUAAUUUGAAUGCAUUAAUGGUUGCUUUUUAUAAACCAAUAGGUUCCAAAACAAAGAUUUUAUUUGAGAAAAAUUCUUUCCCAUCAGAUUAUUAUGCAAUUUAUAAUCAAAUUAAAUUGAAAGGGUUAGAUCCAAAAGAAAAUAUGAUUCAAUUAAAACCAAGGUUAGGUGAUGCAUAUUACAUCAAGACUCAAGAUAUUUUGGAUACAAUUGAACAAAAUCAUGAAAAAAUUGCAAUGGUGUUAUUACCAGGUAUUCAAUAUUAUACUGGACAAUUAUUUGAUAUUGCUAAAAUCACAAGUUUUGCUAAAAAAUAUGAUAUAAUUGUUGGAUGGGAUUUAGCACAUGCCGUGGGGAAUGUUCCAUUGAAACUACAUGAUUGGGGUGUUGAUUUUGCCACAUGGUGUUCAUAUAAGUAUUUAAAUUCAGGACCUGGUGGGGUUUCAGGUAUUUUUGUCAAUACAGCACAUGGUUCAAAUGUUGAAGAUGAAUAUAUACCAAGAUUAGCUGGUUGGUGGGGGAAUAAUUCUACUAAAAGAUUUCAAAUGUUGGAAAAUUUCGAACCAAUUAAAGGUGCUUUAGGUUUUAGACAAUCAAAUCCAAGUGUUGUUGAUGUUGUUUCAUUGAAAAGUUCUUUAGAAAUUGUGGAAAAAUUUGGAGGAAUUGGUAAAUUAAGAGAAAAAUCUAUUAAAUUAACAAAUUUUUUAGAACAUGCAUUGCAAAAUUCUAGAUAUUAUAUUACACCAGAAGAAUCAUUUGACAAAACUAGUGAUUUUCCUGAAUUUACAAUCCUAACACCAGAAUCAUCAGAUGAAAGAGGUGCUCAAUUAUCAUUAUUAUUCUUCCCAAGAACAAGUGAAACUCGUAAAGGUAUUAUGGAUGAAAUUUUCAACUAUUUACGUGAUAAUGGUGUUAUCUGUGAUGAAAGAAGACCAGAUGUUAUAAGAUUAGCACCUGUGCCAUUAUACAAUACGUUUGCUGAUGUCUAUAAAGCUGUUCAAGUAUUGGAAAGUGCUUUUGAACAUUUGUCAAUAUUACAAUAG